UAUGAUUGAUUGCUUAUGCAAGCAUUAUACAGGAACAAGACACAAAAGCGAGUAACUGCUCUUAACAGAGAGCUUCCUCCACGAAAUGAGCAAUUUGUCUUAGAUUUUGGACAGCUGCAGAGCCAAUUUGCUGACCAGGAACAACUGCGUGCGGUGGCAGAAUCUGUUCUUAUUUCUCUGGUUAUUCAGUGCAGCAGUCACGCACCUCAUGCAGAAUUUCUUCUCUUCGCCAUAUGCAGUUUGUCUAGUAUAGGAUACAUAAACUGGGAUACCUUCUUGCCUUCUCUUCUUUCCUCAGUUUCAUCUACGGAGAUAUCCGCAAGUCAGGGCAAUCAGCCAUCUGGUGCGGUCUCUUCUGCUAAUUUAACACAGUCUGGAUUGCUUCCAUCUUCCGCCGCAGUAGCGAGUACCUCUAAUUUUCAUUCAUCAAAUCCUGCAUCUCCUUUGCCCACUGUCCAUGGUAUUGGGUCCCCUGUUCAGUCAGCAGCUGAACCAUCAUCUUCUGCUGCUUUGUCUCCCAUGAAGUCUUCUGAUAUUAAUGGCACUAGCCAACAGUCCAUCGCAAAAGUGAAUUUGUUGACAAGGGAUAGUGCUGCAAGCAGUCUGCGACAGAUAUGUUGCAAAAUUAUUUUAAGUGGUCUAGAUUCUAGUCUUAAGCCAGGAACACAUGCCGAAGUUUUCCACCAUAUGUUGAACUGGUUGAUUUAUUGGGACCAAAAGUUACAUGGUGUUGAUGAAUUUGAUAGUGCAAAAUAUUGGAAACCAGAUAAGGCCCUAAUUGAGUGGCUACACAGCUGUUUAGAUGUUAUUUGGUUGCUGGUAGAGAAUGAUAAAUGCCGCAUACCGUUUUAUGAACUUCUCCGGAGUGGGUUGCAGUUUUUAGAAAACAUCCCAGAUGAUGAAGCUCUGUUCACACUUAUUUUGGAGAUCCAUCGGAGGCGAGAUAUGAUGGCUAUGCAUAUGCAAAUGUUGGAUCAACACCUUCACUGCCCUACAUUUGGGACCCCUCGACUUCUGCCUCAAGCCACUGCAAAUUCGUCCGGUGAAGCAGUUACUAAUAUGAGAUAUUCACCAAUUACAUAUCCUAGUGUGCUUGGGGAACCACUGCAUGGAGAGGAUCUUGCAGCAUCCAUUCAAAAAGGGAGUCUGGAUUGGGAGCGAGCUUUGCGUAUUCUAAAGCAUGCUCUUUGUAACACUCCAUCACCAGACUGGUGGAGGCGUGUGCUUCUCGUGGCUCCCUGUCACAGGCUUCAUGCCCAGGCUCCAACUCCGGGUGCCGUUUUUACAUCGGAAAUGGUUUGCGAAGCAGCGAUUGAAAGAAUUGUUGAAUUAUUGAAGUUGACUAAUUCAGAAAUCAAUUGCUGGCAGGAGUGGCUUAUCUUCUCAGAUAUAUUCUUUUUUCUCGUGAAAAGUGGAUGCGUUGAUUUUGUGGAGUUUGUGGACAAGUUAGUAUUGCGACUUCAAGAGGGUGAUCAACAAAUACUUAGGACGAACCAUGUUACGUGGUUACUUGCACAAAUUAUUCGGGUUGAACUAGUGAUGAAUGCUUUAAAUACAGACUCAAGAAAGGUGGAGACAACCAGAAAAAUUCUUUCGUUCCAUAAAGAGGAGAAAAGCUCUGAUCCCAAUAAUCCUCAAAGUAUCCUACUUGAUUUCAUUAGCAGUUGUCAGAACUUGCGCAUUUGGACACUAAAUACAGCAACAAGAGAAUACUUGAAUAACGAGCAGCUACAAAAGGGAAAGCAAAUUGAUGAAUGGUGGAGACAGGUUAACAAAGGAGAACGCAUGAUGGAUUAUAUGAAUUUGGAUGAUAGAUCAAUUGGGAUGUUUUGGGUUGUGUCCUACACAAUGGCCCAGCCUGCUUGUGAAACUGUGAUGCACUGGUUAACCUCCGCUGGGGUUACUGAGCUUUUACCUGGACCAAAUUUGCAGUCUAACGAGAGGUUAAUGGUGAUGCGUGAAGUUAGCCCCCUGCCAAUAUCAUUGUUAUCAGGAUUUUCCACAAAUUUGUGCUUGAAACUGGCUUUUCAGAUGGAAGAAUCAAUGUUUUCUGGACAGGCUGUGCCUAGCAUUGCUGUGGUUGAAACAUACUGUAGGUUGAUGCUCAUUUCUCCCCAUUCGUUGUUUCGCUCACUCUUAACUCAUCUAACAUCGAGGAAUCCCACCACAUUGACCAAGCCUGGAAACACGAUCUUGGUGUUUGAAAUUCUUAACUAUCGUUUCCUUUCACUCUACAGGUAUCAAGGCAAGAGCAAGACCUUGAUGUAUGAUGUCACCAAAAUGAUUUCUACACUGAAAGGGAAACGUGGAGAUCAUCGCAUUUUCCGAUUGGCUGAGAAUUUAUGUAUGAAUCUGAUUUUGUCGUUGAGAGAUUUUUUCUAUGUGAAGAGGGAAGGGAAGGGUCCAACUGAGUUUACUGAGACUUUAAAUAGAAUAACAAUUGUUACUCUUGCAAUCAUAAUCAAAACUUGUGGAAUCGGGGAGUUUGAUCAGUUACUGUAUCUUCAGACAAUGCUAGAACAGAUUCUAGCAACUAGCCAGCAUACCUGGUCUGAGAAAACUUUGCGCUACUUUCCUUCAAUUUUACGCGACGCUUUGAGUGGGCGAAUGGAUAAAAGGGGCUUGGCAAUCCAAGCAUGGCAGCAGGUACAUGAAAUGGUUCCUCUUCGUACGAAUUAUCUGAAGCUUUAAACCUUUUUCCCUCUU